ACAGUGCAAGUCACGCCAUAAAAGGCGAGCGGGGGAGAUUAACAGCAUCAUCGCUUCCAGUAUAUUUGGCGUGAGGUGGUUAUGUGUGAUGUUAAAUGGAUACUGAAAGUGGUGAUUUGGGAAUUCCCAAGAAAGGAAGAGUUGGAGGCAAAAGCGGUCCAAGACUCGUGAACUGUCCUCCAGGGCCAGAAAUCUGUGUCUGCAGAGCCGGAAGCGUCUGUGUCUCUCUGACAUGUCGGCUUUAUACCCACCUCUGGGUGGAGGUGCAGGGAGCAGAAGGGCCUGAUGAGCAGGCGCAUGCCUUUCUUGCCGCCUGUGCAUAGAAACCUUUGCUGUAGGGAGUGACCUGAUUUGAUUCCAAGAGCUGGAAGCCAUGUUCGUUCCAUUGAUCUGAAAAGCUUCUGUAUGAAAGACUCAGCCCCAGGUCCCGCGUCGGGGCCGGUGCUGCAGGGCGCGCUGUGCGCAACGCUGCCCCGGGACUGCCUGGACGCGCUGCCGUCGGAGACGCACCUGCUGCUGUUGCGGGAGGCCGCCCUGGAGGGCUGGCCCUUGGGGGCGGAGGAGGACUCGCCCGGCCUUCUGGAGGGGCAGCCGGCGUGGCGCCGGGAGCUUCCCGCGGAGGCCGCGGCUGCAGCAGAUCUGCCCCUGGUACCCGGCGGCUACGUGGCCCCACGGCCUCCCUUCUUCACGCCGUUGCCGGACGCGCUGCAAGCUCGCCAGCUAGCCCUGGGCCACGAACACGCGGUGCUGCGGAGCGCGGCAGGGACCGUCUUCUCCUGGGGCGGUGGCAGGCACGGGCAGCUGGGUCACGGGGAGCUGGAGAGCGGGCCGGAGCCGCGGCUGGUGGAGGCCUUGCACGGGAUCCUGGUAGUGGCAGUCAGCGCAGGUGGCUGGCACUCCACCGCCGUCAGUGAGACCGGCGACUUGUACGUGUGGGGCUGGAAUGAGUCCGGGCAGCUUGCGCUGCCUUCCAAAGCUGUGGCUGAGAGUCAGGCAGCUGCUCCAGUGGAUGUGAGCAGCGGGGAAGUGCCCCAGGCCCAGCGCCCUUCCUUGGAGGCAGAGGCAGAGGAUGUGGAGCUGCAAGUAGGACAGCAGCAAGUGGUGGAAGACCGUGUGGGUGGCGAAGCCGGCUUCAUCUCAGUCCAGGCCUUGCCCGCUUUGCUGGACAUGCCUCACGGGGCAGAGGUCAGCAGGGCCAGUUGUGGAUCGCGACACACUGCCGCUGUGACAAGCACUGGUGAGCUGUACACCUGGGGCUGGGGCAAAUACGGCCAGCUGGGACACGGGGACACAGUCAGCUCUGACCAGCCCAGGAGAGUGCGCUACUUCGCGGAACGUGGCUUACGCGUGGCUGAUGUGGUGUGUGGCCCGUGGAGCACUUACAUUCACGCCGUGGAGCAGCAGCACCGGGAAGAUGGCGGUCGCCUGGAAAGGAAGCCCUUGCUCCGAGAUGGGCCGAGGUAGCUGGGGGCAAGACAGGCUUGCCAUGGCCGGGAGCCCAGCAGCCCACCCACACGGAGCCCAGCCCGAGCGCUUGGAGCUCCGGCCCACCUGUUCCCCCGUCAGGUGUGCGGCACUCGCUGUGUCUCGGGGGCCCCAGCAGCUGCUUUGGGGAGUCGUGCUUAGACUCAUCCGUUUUCAAAGGCAGCUUUCCCAUUAAAGAGACCAGGCCCAAGUGCAGAA